AUUUAUCAGAAAACAAGGGCUGGAUCGGCUUUUCCUGGAAUGCGAUACUCACAUGUGGCGCCUCGGGGACCGGAGGAUCCCAGAAGGAAUCGCAGUCGAUGGAGGGUCGGACUGGUUUCUCCUGAACAGGAAGUUUGUGGAGUAUGUCACUUUUUCUAAUGAUGAUUUGGUAACAAAGAUGAAGAGGUUUUACUCUUACACGUUGCUUCCUGCUGAGUCCUUCUUUCACACUGUUCUGGAAAAUAGCCCAUACUGUGACUCCAUGGUGGACAACAACUUGCGCAUCACAAACUGGAACCGUAAACUUGGUUGCAAGUGUCAGUACAAGCACAUUGUUGACUGGUGUGGCUGUUCGCCUAAUGACUUCAAACCAGCAGACUUCCACCGAUUCCAGCAGACUGCCAGGCCAACUUUCUUUGCCCGCAAAUUUGAAGCUGUAGUGAAUCAAGAGAUAAUUGGCCAGUUGGACUACUACUUGUACGGCAACUACCCGUCUGGCACACCGGGCCUCCGCUCAUACUGGGAGAACGUCUACGAUGAGCCUGAUGGCGUGCACACCCUCAGCGAUGUCGCCCUCACCAUGUACCAUGCGUUCUCCCGCUUGGGCCUGCGGAGAGCCGAGACUUCGUUCCACGCUGCUGGAGACAACAGCUGCCGAUACUACCCCAUGGGCCACCCAGUUUCUGUCCACCUCUACUUCCUUGCUGACCGUUUCCAAGGCUUCCUAAUCAGACACCAUGCAACCAAUCUGGCUGUCAGUAAACUAGAAACUUUGGAAACGUGGGUGAUGCCAAAGAAAGUCUUCAAGAUCGCAAGUCCACCAAGCGAUUUCGGAAGGUUACAGUUCUCAGAGAUUGGCACCGAAUGGGACGCCAAGGAAAGGCUUUUCCGGAAUUUCGGAGGACUUCUUGGGCCAACAGAUGAGCCAGUUGGCAUGCAGAAAUGGGGAAAAGGCCCCAACGUCACCGUUACUGUCAUUUGGGUGGAUCCUGUUAAUGUAAUUGCAGCAACAUAUGAUAUUCUUAUUGAAUCCAGUGCCGAAUUUACUCACUACAAACCACCUUUGAAUUUGCCCCUGCGACCCGGUGUCUGGACAAUAAAAAUUCUGCACCACUGGGUACAGGUAGCUGAAACCAAAUUCCUUGUUACUCCUCUCACCUUCUCUAAUUGGCAGCCUAUCAAACAAGAGGAAGCCAUGAAGUAUCACAGCGGGCCUCCAAAGAACGCGUACAUGGAGCAGAGCUUCCAGGGCUUGAACCCUGUCCUGAAUAUCCCCAUCAGUGCCGCCCGUGUAGACCAGGCCAAGAGGAAUGCGGGGCUCGUGGGCACCCGGCUGGAAGCCUGGGUGGACUCUCUGGUCAGCAGCGUCUGGUCAGCCGUGGACAUCUGCAGUGCCGGCCCCACUGCCUGCCCAGUCAUGCAGGGCUGUGCUCAGACAGCCUGGAGCUCCCUGAGCCCGGACCCCAAAUCUGAGCUGGGCCCCGUCAAACCCGACGGUCGCUUGAGGUAG